CCUCUUUCUCUCUCUGCUUUUUCCUGGUUCCCACAUUUAAAUAUUCUUUUCCAUCAUCCAAAUUCCACUCGUCGUUUGAUUUGCUCCUUAAGGCAAGUUCUCUUUCUUUCCUUUUUCGUUGUUUCUUUUCCCCUGCAACUCUUCUCUUCUUAAUCAGAAAGACAGAGAUAGAGGCUGGCAGAUACGUAGAUUUUCCUCUUUCUUUUCAUUAAGAGGAAACUGGGCAGUGACUGUUUCAUUCUUUUGUUUUGUUUGGCAGUCACAAUAGCUACCUAAAUGGCUUAGUUCUUCUUGGCUGUUAUAUUGUUUUUCCUUUUUAAAUUCCCAGUUUCUUCUUUUCCUACGAUCCCAUUUCUUUCCCUUUCUCUCUUAUGUCAAAACUAUUGCUUUCCAUAUCUGCAUUUGUUUUUUGAUCAACUUUCAUUUGUCAAAUCUCUUGGCUGGUCUUUAUGUACUUAUUGUUUUGAUACUUGAUUUCGGUGCAUUAGGUAUUAAAAGGUGUUUAAUCAUGAUAAAUUUGCAAACUUUCGAGGAUAUUUUGAUGCUAACUGAUGAACAAUUAAUACCUGGUUUGAAAUACGUGCUUAAUGUUGGAAAUUAAAUGCUGAAAUGAAAUUAGAGGAUGGGUAGGGUGAAGCUAAAGAUUAAGAAAUUGGAGAAUACAAAUGGACGUCAAGCGACCUAUGCCAAGAGGAAACAUGGUAUCAUGAAGAAGGCUAAUGAGUUAUCUAUACUAUGUGACAUAGACAUUAUCCUUCUCAUGUUUUCACCUACCGGCAAGCCUUCGUUGUGUAAAGGAGCAAGCAGUAGCAUCGAAGAAGUAAUUACAAAAUUUGCUCAGUUAACACCACAAGAAAGGGCGAAGAGGAAGUUAGAAAGCCUUGAAGCACUGAAGAAAACUUUUAAGAAGCUGGACCAUGAUGUUAAUAUACCAGAAUUUCUCGGUACAAGUUCUCAAACAAUAGAGGACCUGACUAGCCAAUCAAGGCUACUGCAGAAUCAACUAUCUGAUGUGCAUAAGAGGCUGAGCUACUGGACCAAUCCAGAUAAGAUUAGCAGCUUAGAGCAUUUAGGGCAAUUGGAAAGUUCACUCAGGGAAUCACUUAACCGGAUUCGAUCACAUAAGGAACACCUGGGAAAACAGCAUCUUAUGUCUCUAGAAUGCCAUAGUCAGUUUCAGAAUGCGAUGCAUGUACCUUUCAGAAUGGGUGUGGAGCAGCAGCUCCCACCUAUUUCAUGGAUUCCUAACAAUGACACUCAGCAUAUUAUGUUACCAGAGGACCCAAAUCUGCUUCCCCAUAGGGAUGCGGAGUGCUCUGCAACCACCUCUUUUGGGAGUUAUUCUGGCUACUUUGGUGCGGGGAAAAAUUCGGAGCUAUCUAGUUCUGGUCAAGAAAGUGGUAUGAAUGGUAUUCUUGAUGAGUUUAAUGGAACUGCAUCACUGAGGCUACAGAUGGCUGGGCAGUACCCUUACCUGCCUGGGUCAUACAAUCUAAAUUUGUUGAACGAUACGAAAUUCCAACCUGCAGCAGAGAUGAAAAUACAAAAAAGCCCUGAGGAUUUUCAUGUUAAUGGAAGUUUUGAAGCUCCUAAACCUGGGUAUGACUCCACCCCUUGUGGUUGGGCUUCUACCCCAGGAUCGUGCGCUGUUACUAUGUUUGAUGACCAUUUGUAUUCUCAGGUAAGUUUUUUCCUCGUUUCUGGUUUAAAUAAGCAGACAAGUAUUUUUUUUCCCCCUUAUAUUUCACAUGGGUCAUCUAUGAACUGAUCUGAACCUGUUGACCGAGUUAGCGAUUGCUGGAAUGAGUAAAAAUAGAUGUGGAGAUGUGGAUAUACGUAACCAUCCUCCAUUAUGGUGUUUACUAAGGAAAAAAUCAUCUAAAAGUUUGUAAUAUGGUGCCCAUUGGAAUAAUACAGUCACUUAAAGUUCAUCUAUAAGAUGCAAUUAAAUGUAUAAGAGCUAGAGUAUUACCUCUUUCAAUGCUUCUAUUCAAUCUAAAGUAUCAACCAUAGGCGAUAGUUUGAGCAUAUUACUAGAUGACCAAUGUGACCUUCAACUAGGCUAUACCAAAAUAAGAGGUGGAAAUUCUUCAAAGUAUUUACCUAUUUGAGUUAUGUUUAGCCUGUUUGUUGGGUUAAUUUAGGAUUUGAAGCCAUUUUGUAUUCUGUAGCUAUUUUUUUAUUAUGGUGUGUUAGGGAUCCAGGUGUUGAAAUUCUGUUCUUGAGGCGUGUUUUGACUGCGGUAGCUCAUUUCAGUACUAUUAUUUUAGUUUAAAGUUCUCUAUCUUCCAGGAGAAUGCCACAUCAACAUUACAGAAGCCUUGAAUUGAGAUUUAAUUUUAUUUGAUUCAGAUAGUAUUAUUUACAUUCAUUAUGGCGGAGAUGUUUAUUUCAGUAAUAAGAGAGUGGAUUUUGGAAUUCA